AUGCGUUCUCCCCGCACCAGCGACAGUACCCGGCUUCGUCGGGCGCACAGGAAAGUCGCAGCACAACAACCUGCGAGCAGAGCGGCGACUUUUAUAGAGACGGUGUUGCUCCCGCCGUGGCUCUUCACCUGUGCUGGAGCGACACCUGUUCCGCUCAAGGUAUUCCGCGACGAUAUUAACUGUCUUGGAGGUGAUGGACCGCUGGGUGCUGUUUGUGGAAACAAGGCUCGCAAACUCGCGGCCUUUGCGGAAGCCGCUAGCAACACGUCGAUGAAGGUCGAGCGCCUCGUUAGCCACGGUGGGGCCCAGAGCAACGCAAUGCUCGCACUUGCAGGUUUCUCUAGUGCUUUAGGGGUCCGGUUCCAGUACGUAACCCGUCCGCUGCCGCGCUGGCUUCGAGAGCGGCCGUGCGGGAACCUCAAGCGGGCACUUUCCCUUGGUAUGGAGCUCUGGGAGUGCCGAACCUUUACCGAAUAUCAAAGCACCGUUUCCGAGCUCGAGCAGGAGUACCAGCGGCAAAGCGAGCAGAUCGGCUACCCGCAGAAGUUAUUCGUGCCGCAAGGCGUUGCUUGUCCGGAGGCAGCGGUUGGUUUGCGCAGACUGGCGGAGUCUAUUGCCGCAGAGGACCUGCGUGAUAUCCGAAUGGUGUGUGUCCCAGCAGGCACUGGCACGACCGCGUGGUACCUGCAACAGUACCUGCCAGCGAAUGUGCAAGUACUGGCAGUCGCUUGUGUAGGUGAUUCCCAAUACCUGAAGGCCCAGUUUCGGCGACUGGAAGCACGUACCCAUGCAGCUUCUCGAGGCACAGCGGUGUCGCUACGACGGAGCGUACAAGUGUUGCCGAACGAGUCCGGUGGUUUCGGGACGCUGAAAUCGGAACUCUACAGGUUGUGGCGGGCAUUACCGUCUUAUUUUGAUUUGAUUUACGCACCGCCGACGCUCCUCGCGCUCAGUGCAUACUUUGCAGAUGCCCCGGAACGGUUGAGAGAUGUGCUGUACGUCGCUACUGGCGGUUCUGAAGGCAAUGCCACUCAGCUGAGGCGCUAUCAGAGAAAGUUCGGUCAGCAACUUGAGUCCAUAUGCCUGGACGCUUCAUCUAUGAUGCCGGUACGUGGAACAGCGAGACGCUCGCUCAUCCGAUGA